AUGCACUGGAAAAAGGUCAGAAACUUCCACGAGCAGGCGCGCUCUGCUGACUGCACCAGCGAUUUUGCCAGGUCCGACGGGUCGCUGUCGGCCUUCUCGCAUGGUUCGGAGGGGUCCAAGCUGAUGACGCGGGCCGUGCGAGCCUCCAUCCUUGAGACUGGUUUGACCGAGGUUCCUGGCGUCGACACAUCCUCGGAGUCUGACCAACCCGGUAAUGCUGCGGCCCCCUCUGUACAGCGACUGUCGACGCUGAUGCCUCCAAGAGGUCAAAGGCCCUCGGUCGUGCCUGAAGCGUCGAUCAAGCUCCUGGGGCAGCAAUCCGCGUUUCGAUCUUACACGAGAGCAGGGGGAACUGCAGUACGACUGAUCGAGGCUCCGCAAAACAUUCUGAGUGUUCUUCAGUUCGACCGUGCUGAUGCACCUGGUGACGCUGUCGCUGUUGGGCACAGGGCUGCUGUUAGGGGCAUGUGCUCCUGCAUCGGUGUCGUCGCCAUGACGGAGCCAGCGGCCAACGAUGCGUACAGCCGCAUGCUGCACGAGGCCCUGCUUCAUCUGGCAGAAAGGCUCGAUCAAGUUUGCAGCGACGUACAGCGCAUCGACUCCAGCGUCACCGCGCUUGCCGAACGCGUUGCGCAGCUGCCAAAGCCACCGCCGCUGCCAAAGCGGCCGUGCUUAGACACAACAGGAGGGACGGCAGGCCUCACCAAGCGUGUGCUGGCAUUGGAACACGGCCAGCGAGCAGUCGCAGCUGGUGCGCGAAGAGCCUUGCGAAAGGCCGUGACGGCACACCGGGCCGUGCAGGACCGGAGCCUUGGGAAACCUGCUGCAGCCGAGCCUUGCACUUGGGAUCUACCCGGCUGGUUGGACGGCUUUCUCCAGCAGGAGCGCGCCAUGAGCCACCUUGAUGGGCAGGUGACGAUGCUGGCCUCGAGCCUCCGCAUGCACACCGCCCUUGCCCAACGCUCUGUCGAAGGGCAGCGGCCAGGCGCAGCCAUGGGGAAAAGUCUGCAGGAGCCCAGCGCAGCAACCAUCAGGCAUCAGGAUCGCGACGUACAAGAGCUGUCGCCUCACCGAGAAUUGGCACUUCAGGAGGAGUGCUCGGGCCGAUCCUGGCAACGACAUGGCACGCAUCGAGAACCGCCGACAGGUCGGCCUGAGAGCAAAGAACCCUCGCGGGAUCCGACCUUGAUCGAGCUGAUCGAGGAAGCUGUCGAGGAGGCUGAGAUGGAGCAGCUCCAGAAGGCAGCGCAUGACGAAGCAUCUAAGCUGCGAAAGGAUUUGAUGCGAGUGCAGAAGCUUUCAGGGCAAACAUUUACGAAGACCCGAAAGUGA